AUGGAUAAUCAUACUGCCCAGGAUGUGCCUCGGGCUCAAGAGUCGGCAGAGCCUGAGAACGAGCCUGUUCAUCGGGCAUCAACCGUGAGAACCAACAGCACGCUUCAUCAUAAUGAAUUUGAUGAUCGUUUCUUGUCUAGGGUUCGAUCGUUCUUCAACCGUGACACUCAUAUUGGACACGUUACUCGCCAUCCUCUACGAGGCGAUAAGAAUAUUGAGAUCCACACGUGGGAUGGCCCCAAUGACCCUGACAAUCCAUUCAACUGGAGCAAGACUUACAAAUGGAUCCUCACACUUACAAUCUGUUUUAUAUCUAUCCUGACGGGGUUGCCGGCCGGAUCUUACGGCGCUGGUAAUAACUAUAUGGCGCAGCGCUUCCAUGUUCAAAAUGAGCCAUUCCCGAAUCUUGCAUGGGCAACCACAUCCUGGAAUAUGGGAGCAGCAUUCUGGCCACUGAUCUUUGUGCCUCUGACAGAGUCUUCUGGUCGCAUGCCGGGAUACUUCGUCUCCUAUUUCAUACUGGUCGUCUCUCUAUUCCCAUCAGCCUUCGCACAAAACUUUGCUACCCUGGUUGUUACCCGCUUCUUCGGUGGCGGAGCAUCCUCUGUCUCCAUCAAUAUCGUUGGAGGCAGUAUCAGUGAUGUUUGGUACGGUGACAAGGCUCGCAGCUUGCCCAUGUCACUUUUCGGGUUUACUAGUGUUGUGGGAAUAGCUUUGGGUCCAUUCAUCGGAUCUGCUAUUCAAACGAUACACAAAAAUGAUCCGUGGAGAUGGAUCUUCUAUAUUCAGAUCAUCUACAAUGCUGCGCUUAUUCCGGUGUUCUGGCUGAUACUGCGCGAGACACGAGCCGAUGUCAUUUUGAAAAAGCGGGCCAAAAAGCUACGUCGCGAAACUGGUCGUCCGAUCUACGCCGAAAGCGAGUUGAGCACAACGAGCGUGUGGAAGUUGCUCCAGGUCUCCUUCGAGCGCCCUACUCGAAUGCUUCUGACCGAGCCAGUGGUUACAUUUUUCACCCUCUGGGUUAGUUUUGCGUGGGGGAUCCUCUUCCUCUUCUUCUCCAGUGUCGGACAAACAUACAAUCAUAAUUAUGGAUGGAAUACUUUCCAAACUGGCCUUGUUCAGCUUGCAAUCUCCGUUGGCGCAGUCAUCGGCACGGUGAUCAAUCCACUUCAAGACUGGAUCUACUUACGCUCCGCCCAUAACAACCGUGAAAAUCCCAGUCGCCCUAUCCCCGAGGCCCGUCUGUAUACUUCUAUUCCUGGCAGCCUUCUCUUCGCCGGAGGUCUCUUCUGGUAUGGAUGGGGAAGCGUGGGCGACGGCUCAAUUCACUGGAUCGUGCCCACCUUGGGAAUUGGCUGCACCGGCGUGGGCAUUUAUUCUAUCUACAUGGCUGUCGUGAAUUACUUGACCGACGCCUACGAGAAAUACGCGGCAUCAGCACUAUCUGCCGCCUCGCUGGGUCGGAACACAUUCGGUGCAUUCUUACCCCUGGCCUCAUUCCAGCUUUUUGACACGCUAGGCUAUGGGUGGGCUGGUUCAUUACUUGGUUUUGUCGGCCUUGCCCUUUCCGUUGUGCCAGUGGUCUUGGUUCUCAAGGGGCCCGACAUUCGUCGAAGUAGCCCAUUUAUGCGUGAGUCUAUGUUCGACGCGCAUGAUGAGACGACUCAGGACCGCCAGCCUGAAAAAGCAGAUGUGUGA